UCUUUUUAGCACAACUCUGCGUUUCUCUCUCUCUCUCACUCACUUCUUACUCAAAAGAGUUUAUCUUUCACCGGUGGAUUUCUCGACAAAGAUUCCGACUUUUGUGAGCUUUUUUGUUUUUCUUUUCUAGAUGCAGAUUCAGAGCGUAUCAUCUCUAGAAAAAGGAUCAAUGUCUCAUGACAUAAGCUAGACUCUGUUUUUCCAAUCAUCUUCUUCUUCUUCUUCUUCGAUCUCAAAUUCUUCUACGAGCUAGGUUUGUUUAUGUUUGGGGGAGGAAUGGGAACUAGGCAAUAUUCACUGGGAGAAGUAGGUCCACCAAUAAACCCGAGAGCUGGAUUGCGAAGGGAACAAGCUGGGAGAGGUUCUUACAGAGGUAGUUAGUAGAUUCGUAGUUCAUCAAUAGGCAGAAAUAACAAAAAAAAAAAGAGUUUCUUUUUGGGUGGGAAAGUUUUUCAUCUUUAGACACACAUUUUUGUCCGACUGAUACAGAAUCAGGGUUUAGGACCCUUUCAAAUUUUGGUUUUUAAAGUGUUUAAGAGGGGUGAUUUUGAGUUUUAGUGGUGACGGGUGGUUUAGAUGGGUUCUACUUUACAACAAAUACUGAGGAGCCUCUGCUCCAAUACGGAUUGGAACUAUGCCGUGUUCUGGAAACUCAAUCACCGUUCUCCAGUGGUGCUUACUUUGGACGAUGUGUACUAUGUUAAUCAUAAUCGCAAUUUGAUGCCGGGAAACUUUCAUGAAGGGCCCUAUGCACAUGACCCCCUUGGAUUAGCUGUAGCUAAAAUGUCAUAUCAUGUACACUCUCUUGGAGAAGGGGUUGUAGGACAAGUUGCAAGCUCUGAACAACAUCAAUGGGUCUUCACUGAAUAUUUGAAUGACUCUCACUCGACACUUCAGGUUCACAACGGUUGGGAGAGUCAAAUUUCUGCUGGAAUCAAGACUAUUCUUAUAGUAGCUGUUGGUUCUUGUGGAGUUGUGCAGCUUGGUUCUUUGUGUAAAGUUAAUGAAGACCCGGCUUGGGUGACUCAUAUCAGGCAUUUGUUUUUGGCUCUCAAGGAUCCACUGGCAAACCAUGCUUCAAGUUUAAUGCGAUGUGAUAAUAAUAGCCCUUCGGAUCUGCCAAAAAUCCCUUCCAAAUGCUUACAUGAGGCAUUCCCUGAUUUCUCAGGAGAAUUUGACAAAGCUAUGGAUGUGGAAGGGUUAAAUAUUGUAUCUCAAAACAAAAGUAAUAGAAGUGACGACCUUCCAUACAAUUUCACUCCAUCAUAUUUUCACACGGAGAAGAUUGCUCACGUACUUGGUGGGCUUGAAGCAGUCCAACCUUCCAUGUUUGGAAGAAAUGAUGGUGUUACAAGUGGUUUUUCAGUUGACGUGGUUGAUACUAAACACAAGAAUCAAGUGGGUAUAAAUGAUAUGAGUAAGGUAACUUAUGAUGAGGGUACUGGUGGUUACCGAUACUCAAGAGAAUCAGGUCCUAAUUUCCAACAGUACUCGAGGAAUCAUGUGCCUAAUAGUGCAGGCUCAUCUGCUUUUGCAAUGGAUACUGAUAGACUAAAAGCAAGUCCAUCAUAUCAACAACAUGAUUCAGUUGUUCUUACUGCGUUGAAAACAUAUAAAGAUUCAUUUCAUCGAAAUGAGGAGGUUUUCCAACCAUCGGAGGGCCAAAGAAGCAUAUAUGUAAAAGACACAGAAAAUAGGCAGGAGAAGACAGUUGAGUCAAGUCAGUUGGAUGCUUUAACUGCACCUUUGUCUUCUUUUUCUGGAAGUGAACUGUUAGAGGCAUUAGGGCCUGCUUUCAGUAAAACGAGCACUGCUUAUGAGGACCUAGCAAAGUUUGAAUCUGCUGCAGCUAUAAGACGAACAAAUGAUAUGAGCCAUAGUCACCUGACAUUUGACUCCAGCCCUGAGAAUCUUCUAGAUGCCGUGGUUGCGAGUAUGAAUAAUGGUGAUAGUAAUGUCAGGCGUGAAAUAUCGUCAAGUAGGUCGAUGCAAUCAUUGCUUACAACUGCUGAAAUCGCAGAGGCAGUACCUUUUGGUAAUAAAAAACAUGGUAUUGUUAGCCCAGUCGAUAGUGUGACUAGCCAGCCGCCUCUAGCAGAGGGGCAUACCCAACAGAAUCCAUCAAAUAUCUGUGGGGCAUUUUCUUCUAUUGGGUUUUCAACGACAUGUCUGAGUUCCUCCGGCGACCAGUUUCCGACGUCCUUGGAAAAUCCCAAGAAGAACAAAAAGAGAGCUAAACCAGGUGAAAGUUCUCGGCCUCGUCCAAGGGACAGGCAACUUAUUCAGGAUCGUAUUAAAGAACUAAGGGAGCUUGUGCCUAAUGGAUCGAAGUGCAGUAUUGAUUCUUUGCUAGAGUGCACGAUCAAGCACAUGCUCUUUCUGCAGAAUGUCUCUAAGCAUGCUGACAAGCUCAGUAAAAGUGGAAGUUCAAAGAUGCAACAGAAGGAUACCGGCACCUUAGGAUCAUCUAGCACUGAGCAAGGUUCGAGCUGGGCAGUAGAGAUUGGAGGCCAUCUUCAAGUGUGCUCGAUCAUGGUAGAGAAUCUGGACAAAGAAGGAGUAUUGCUUAUCGAGAUGUUAUGUGAAGAAUGUAGCCACUUUCUCGAGAUAGCAAACGUGAUAAGGAGCUUGGAACUCAUCAUCCUUAGAGGCAUCACAGAGAAACAAGGCGAGAAAACAUGGAUAUGUUUCGUAGUGGAGGGCCAAAACAACAAAGUAAUGCACAGGAUGGACAUCUUGUGGUCUCUUGUGCAGAUAUUUCAACCCAAGGCCACAAUUAACAGUUUGUAACUUUAUCGACAACCUCAAACUUACAUGAAUGCUUCGGCCAAUGUGCAUAGUCUUCGGGCACACUCUUACCAUCUUCUUCUCCUCAGAGGUUGCUCUACUUCACUCUUCCAAAAACUUCCCAUUUUACAGCUAAUCAAGCAAUGCUCGAGCCCCAAGCUUCUGGAGUCUGCUUUAGCCGCCAUGAUCAAGAUGAGCCAAAACGAAAACAAUCGCUUAAUGAACCAAUUCAUCACUGCCUGCACUUCCUUUAACCGUGUUGAUCUUGCCGUUUACUCCAUGACCCAGAUGCAGGAACCUAAUGUAUUUGUUUACAACGCGUUGAUUAAAGGCUUAGUUACUUGUUCCUACCCGACUCGUUCUCUGGAAUUCUAUAUUCGUAUGCUCAGAGACUCGGUUUCUCCAUCUAGCUACACAUACUCUUCACUGGUAAAGGCUUCUGCUUUCGCUUCUGGGUUUGGGGAAUCACUUCAGGCGCACAUUUUCAAAUUUGGAUUUGGUUUCCAUGUUCAGAUUCAGACGACUCUUAUUGGCUUUUAUUCAUCCUCUGGUAAAAUCAGGGAAGCCAGGAAAGUGUUUGAUGAAAUGCCUGAAAGAGAUGAUAUUACUUGGACCACGAUGGUUUCAGCUUAUCGCCAGGUCAUGGAUAUGGAAUCGGCGAGUUCUUUAGCUAACCAAAUGCCGAAGAAGAAUGUUGCUACGUCGAACUGUUUGAUUGAUGGAUAUACAAAAUUAGGCAAUCUGGAAAUAGCAGAGUCAUUGUUUAAUCAGAUGCCUGUGAAGGACACAAUCUCAUGGACCACUAUGAUCAACGGUUACUCGCACAACAAGAGAUAUAGUGAAGCAGUUGCAGUGUUCUACAGAAUGACGGAGGAAGGGAUUAUUCCUGAUGAGGUCACUAUGUCAACUGUUGUUUCAGCUUGUGCUCAUCUCGGUGUGCUAGAAAUAGGUAAGGAGGUUCACAAGUACACAACCCAGAACGGGUUUGUUCUUGAUGUUUACAUAGGUUCUGCGCUUGUAGAUAUGUAUUCUAAAUGCGGUAGCUUAGAGCGGGCACUUCUGAUAUUCUUCAAUUUGCCAAAAAAGAAUCUCUUUUGUUGGAAUUCGAUCAUUGAAGGCCUGGCAGCUCAUGGUUGUGCACAAGAAGCACUGAAAAUGUUUGCCAAGAUGAAGUCAGAGUCAGUCAAACCCAACACAGUCACUUUCGUGAGUGUUCUAACUGCGUGUACUCACGCAGGUCUUGUAGAGGAAGGCCGAAGGAUAUAUGAUAGCAUGAUUGAUGACUAUUCCAUUGUCUUUAAUGUUGAACAUUAUGGAUGCAUGGUUCAUCUACUAAGCAAAGCUGGGUUGAUCUAUGAGGCUCUUGAAAUAAUUGGAAAUAUGGAGUUUGAGCCAAAUGCGGUUAUCUGGGGGGCCUUGCUUGAUGGGUGCAGGAUUCACAAGAAUCUAGAGAUAGCCGAGAUUGCUUUUAACAAAUUGAUGGUUUUGGAGCCGACAAAUAGUGGGUAUUAUUUCCUUUUAGUUAGCAUGCAUGCAGAAGAAAACAGGUGGAGAGAGGUUGCAGAGGUUAGGGGAAGAAUGAAAGAGUUGGGUAUAGAAAAGAUAUGUCCUGGGACAAGUUCGAUUCGGAUAGAUAAACGAGACCAUAUGUUUGCUGCAGCUGAUAAGUCUCACUCAGCUUCAGAUGAGGUUUUCUUGUUGCUUGAUGAGAUAUAUGAGCAGAUGGGAUUAGCUGGAUAUGUACAGGAAACUGAGAAUGAUAUUAGCAUAUAAGCAGAUAGAUAGAAUCAGUUGGAGCAGCAGAGGCAUUCCUUUGCUCAUUUUGAGAUUUGGCAAUCACACCUGUGACAGAUCGUAGAGUGGAGAACUAACCCUUCAUAUUCAAUCAGGUAUGUGCAAACCAGAAGUUUCUCAGAUCACUUGAAAGCUUUCUUUACAUGAAAGUAGGAAAGAGAUAGUUCAAACUGCAACCUAGCAAUUUGCAGCAAUGUUAGAAUGUGUAUCCUAGAUUUCAAUAAAAGUAAGGUUCUAAA